AUGUCUGCCCAGAACUCGUCCGGCAUUCAGACCCUGCUCGAUGCCGAGCGGGAAGCUUCCAAGAUCGUCCAGAAGGCUCGAGAAUUCCCUGAUAAUCCUACCGUUGCCAACCACGAUACAGUCCGCACGAAGCGUGUCAAGGAGGCUCGAGAUGAGGCCAAGCAGGAGAUAAACGACUACAGAGCCCAGAAGGAGCAGGAAUUCAAGAAGUUUGAGGCUGAGCAUAGCAAAGGCAACGAGCAGGCCGAAGACGAGGCAAACAAGGAGGCGGAGAAGCAAAUCCAGAUCAUCAAGGAGGCUGGGAAGAAGGGACAGGCCGGUGUGAUCAAGAACUUGCUCACUGCUGUCCUGGACGCCAAGCCUACUCCCCCGCAAGCUGCUUAA